AUGAAAAGGAGAUCGAAGAGCUCGAGGGCACAAUCCCUUGAAAAGAGUGUUGAUGGGCUCGAGUCUUCUCCCGAGCCUUUGACUGCUAAUGAAUCUGUCGAGAGAAUGAGUUCAUUGACCGUGGCUGCUGCCUAUGGAGCUAGGCCAAUGCCGCUCCUUUUAAAGAUCCACGAGCAGCAUCCACCACCAAAACAAACCAACGAUCAACUUCAGCGAUCAACUCCAGCAGCGAUCACCAGCGAUCCAGUCCAGAGUCCAGUGAGCGACCAUCGAUUCCAGCAGGCAGUCCAGUCGACUCCAGCUGCACCAACACAAGAAGUUGCCGCGGUUUGUGCUCAGGCGACACUCAGACGACUGCUCAGAUUCACUCGUUUUCAAUUUGAUUGA